AAGCCUUUCGUCAUAGCGAUCGGGACUCCGAUACCUCCGUAUCAGCUCUCCCCUCCUGCAAUUGAUUUGCUUGUUAUUUCUGAAGCCUCGCAACUUUCCACGUUCUUUCCAGGUCAUAUCCAACCAUGUCUGCGGUGCAGGCAGUAACCAGACCGGAAUCGGCGCAGAAGGUGCUGUCGCUGUACCGGCAGCUCCUCCGCCAGGGGAACCAGUUUUCGGCUUACAACUUCAGAGAAUACGCCAAGCGCCGUACAAGAGACGCCUUCCGGGAGAACAAGAAUGUGGAGGACCCGCGGCGGAUACAGGAGCUGAUGCAGAAGGGGUUGCAGGAUCUGCAGAUGUUAAAGCGCCAGACGGUGAUCAGCCAAUUCUACCAGAUUAACAAGCUCGUGGUGGAAGGGGGGAUAUCGGGCAAGGACACUCCUGGCCACGAGACUGUCAGGCAAAAGGAUACCGGCUGGGAUUGAGUUUGAUCGGGUCAAGGAGCCCUUAUUUCGCGCAGCGGAACACCUCGGCCUCCGGGUUUGAAUCCGCCAAGCUGCGUGUACUAUACUACAGAACCCCUACUUAUGGGACAUACCAGGCUCCUCAGGCAGGGGGCGGGUAAUUCGGAGUUUUGGCGCUGGGGGCGGGCAGACCUCCGUGCCCAUCAAGAAGGGUUCAUUCAGGGGAGCUUGUAUUGCGCAGAACCGUCUACGACGAUUUAUAUACAUCUGAUUCCGACAUAACCGGACAAGGUUCGUUUCUUCGC